GCAGCAAAUCAAUGCCGUCUAGGCUGUUCUCACUCGGGACGACUCUCGUAAAGAAGUCUGGGAAUGCAAGGCAUCUUCCAUCGUGCAUCCGGCGGGACAGGUAGCACGAACAAUCGUCUUACAUUGACACACAACGCCGCAGUGAUUUGACCGCUCAGAUCGACAUUCACACCAUCCACGUUUCACGUAAUAUGAUCUGCUUGGUCUUCAUAGCCCCCAAGCUUCCUGCCUUCCUUAACCUGCUUGCCUAUCUCUGCUUCAACUACAUCAGCCAAACUGACCCCUGUUGUGCACGCCAUUCCGGUUCGUACGUUUGACUGACCCAACAGCUCUACCACUGCAAUGGCACAGCCGAGUGGCUACGAGCGAUUUGUAGCACUCAUGGGCGGGCAACAAAACCUGCCACCCAAGCGGGCUAUGGCAGCACCGCCGAAGAACAAUGAAGAACAGGCUCCGCCUCAGGCAAGCACCCGAGAUCCAUUCGAGACACUACCAUCGCUCGAGGAAGUCAUCGCCCAGACCAAGCGCAACGAAGAAGAAGACAAAGCUGCACGUGCCGCUCGCGAACAGGCUUCACAAGCUUCUGACCAAGAUUAUUCACAGCAUCAGAUCCCUGGUGCUCAAGCUUCUGAAAUGUCAUCUUUCCCACCUUCUUACGCGGUCAAUCACUCGACCGCUCACAUGGGCACUUCAGCACCGCGGGGCAUCACCUUCACUCCAUUUCUGGCCGUCACAAGGUACUGUUACAAGUUCGUCAGCAAAGAGUACAUGCAGCCACUUGCCACCGCCUUCUUCGACGCGAACAAGAUCUACGAUCGACCGUGGGAUUUCUUCUACCUCUGGUCAGCGGCUUAUGAAACUUCCAAGCCUCUCACUUUCGUACCAACACAUCAGCUGCAGAGUUUGCUGGACGAAAUCAACCAAGCCUUUCCGAGAGCCCACGUCAAGAUCACCAAUGAGUUAGUAGAUGACGGCUUGGUUCUCUGCUUAGACGACUUUCCGGACGAGCUUCGUCCGCGGUGGCUAGGUCAGAGUAUGUCGAAGGAACAAUAUGAACAGCUUACGGCGUCUAUCCCGUUCCCAGAGCAGAUGCAGAUCCCUGAGCACCGCACCCUUGAAGCGUACAAAGACAUGGUUGACCGUGUCACUGAGCUCAACAAGAACAAGUCCAAGGCAAAGAGGAAGGGUGGUCAGCAAGCUGCAAUACACAGGCGGCAAGAGGUGGGCAAGCAAGUGGUUCGCGCUCAACGCUUGCUUGGACUCCGGCAGAAGAACGAACAGGAUUCGCUACUGGGUAUUAAUAGCUUGUCUCUUUCGACACUGGAUCCGACCGAGCCGGUACCGUAUCCGUUCGAGCUGGAUGUGAUCUUCAUCGCAGUCGAUGCCGAGGCGUAUGAGUUGUCACCCAAGGUCGUCACGGAGGUCGGAGUCGCUACACUCGACACACGAGACCUUCAAGGUCAAGCACCCGGCCGAGCAGGCGAGGAGUGGCACAAGCACAUCCGCGCGCGCCACUUCCGCAUUGUCGAACACAAGAAGCUCGUCAACAGCAAGUUCGUGCAGGGCUCUCCCGAUCGCUUCGAGUUCGGCAAGAGCGAGUUCGUUGGUAAAGAAGUGAUCGCCUCGCAGCUGACCGCUUGCUUCCAUGAGCCGUUCAGCAAGUCUAGUCAAGGUGAGGCGACGGACUUACCAAUGAAGGAUGGCGUGGAGGAGAGGCGCAACAUCGUCCUCCUCGGCCACGGUACCGGUCAAGACAUAGCUUACCUCCAAUCCAUCGGCUUCAGCGUCCUCAAUCGCAGUAACCUGCUCGAAGCCAUGGACACAGCCAUCAUGUUCCGCUCCUACACCGGCGACAACAACCCCACCUCGCUCGGCCGUGUGCUGUACCACUUCGACCUUGAGGGCUGGAGUCUACAUAAUGCCGGUAAUGACGCCGUCUACACGCUUCGCGCUAUGCUCGCCAUUUGCGUCAAAGCCGCCGUAGAGACUGAGAAGGAUGUCGAGGUCAAGCACGAAGAGGUGAAGGAGAAGCGGCGGGAGGACGCGCUUGCGGCGGCCGUGGAGAGGGUGGAGGAUGACCAUGAGGGGUGGGGGAUUGGUAAGGACGAAGAUGGUGGA